AUGCCCCCCGAGAUCAACCCUCUCCCUCUCUCCUCCCCGAGAACUCGUCCGCGAGCAGCAACGGCAACGCAACCAACCACAUCUCCAUCCGCUUCGUCCCGUCGGCCAUCCCAAGUCAUGGCCCCUCCGUCUAUUUCGCUCGGUCCGAGCGAUCAGGAAAACGUCCGAGCAGCGUCGGGUCCCUUGCGCCAUCCCAAACCCCUCACCCCGUCCGAUCUCCAUUCUAUGCUGGAGCAAGAACAGGAAGCAAUGGUCAAUCGUUUAUCGAGAGAACUAUCUACCCUUCGCCAACAAACGGCUUCCGUCGCAUCUACAACGUCGUCGGCCUCGACCAGCUUCAACGAUUCUUCGGUCGAUGCUCUCCACUCAUCAUCGCACUUCAUUAACACAGUCCACCCAACUGCGUCUCGACGCCAUCGCUCCUCUUCCAGUCUGAGCUCCUCUUAUAUCCCCGCCGUCCAGGGCUCAAGGGCAGGGAGCGUUGCCGGGAUCGCACCGUCGCGGGACGUUGGUCUAGCGUCCCCACGCCAGGGGGAUCCUAUGCGACCGGGUCGAAGUCGGGAGCCAUCUUUGACCUCGUCUCGACCGUCCGAAGGGGCCCUGUCAUCAUUUUCCCCGUCGUCCUCUCAACAUUUACCUCAUCAAUCCCUUGAUCAAUCAUCGCAUUUCCCAACCGUACCCACGCAUGCUCAUCGUAGCUCUCUUACCCAGCAACGAUCUCGAACCGCUUCUACCGCUUCCCGUCCCGACGAGAUUGCACACCAACGGGCGGAACUCGAAGUAAUCCGACGGGAGAAUGACGCACUACGACGUCGGGUCCGAGAACUCGAGUCCACCUUGAAACAGCACCGCGAAAAAGAGUCGACUCCGACGAUCUCGACCGCCAGCGGGACGUCUGCGCUCACCGAUAGUUUACGAAAAACUUCCUUGACCGAAUCGAACGAAGACAUAAAUUCCUAA